AAUCACACGCGAUGUGCUAGUUGGUAACACCUGAAAAUGCAUCACACCACGUGGACGAUUUUCCUCAUAUUUGUGGGUCUCACCACAAUUUUAGCAAAGGAGGAGUAUGAUCGGAGGGUGCCGUCACGAUUCCGAGUAGCGCGGUCUGAAUCAGAAGAAAAGUCGACAGAUCCUGAAUCACGCGUGGUUUACUGGAUCCCUACGCAGUGCGAUUCCAUGUUCGAGCGAGGCUACACCUGCUAUUCCUGCGGUGAAGCCAUGCACUGCAUGCUUGGCAACGUGGGUCUGCUGGCGCUCUGCUACGGCCGGCGUCCGUACUGCAACAAUGGCGUGUGCUCCGACAUCCCCAGUCAGAAGUGCAAGGCGGAAUACGAGCAACACCUGCUUAACUCCACGCAAUCGACAUACACAGCGCCACCCGUCAUCCAGGCUCAACUUAGCGAUAUGUAAAUAAAAUAAUUUCAAAUUAA